AUGAGUCAUGACGCACAGUCCAUGCCGGGCCAAACGGGGCGAGAUGAGGCGGUUAGUUACCCCCAGGAGGCAUUAAUCCAGAAAAUAGCUUCAACUGAUUACAAGGUCAUAGUCCAUCUGAUGCUACUGGCACACCUUGCACUAGUCGUCACGCAAGCAGCGGCAUACUCGGACGAAAACCAGAUAUCACUUAUGGAGUAUCUACAACUCUUCGAGAAUAUAGAUUGUGGCAGGAUAGAACGAUCAAGCGCCGGAUUUCAAGGCGAUCCAAGAUAUGGUAUGGCUUACGGCCCUGGCCGGCCUGCCAGAACCGCAGCCCCUUUUUCACUUCCUGCCGCGGCAGAUGACUUGGAAAAACCCUAA